AUGUCUAUCCAGUAUCCAAUCCUAGCUAACUUCGGUGCCUUUGGAACUGCUUUUAGAGGAGAAAGGCUUAUAUGGUUGAUCUCUCUGUUGCAGGCAGGUGUAUAUGUAGUGAUCUUGAAAGAUAUGGUUUACGCGACUUUAUUACCCAGCGUUCCAGUCUUCCGGAAUCUCAGUCCGUUCCCCUUCCCCGACCCUCCCCUGCUCGACCCCCUCCCCCUCUGCGUCGCCUGUGCGCCUCCUCCCACCUCGCACCGCCGCCGCCUCCUCCCCUCCCCCUGGCGCGGCGCCUCCCACCUGCUCCCCUCGCGCUGCCGCUGCCGCGCGUUCCGCCCUCGUCGUCGCCUCCGGCUCCGACCGCGCUGCCGUCACCCGCGCGCUCCCCUCGCGUCGCCGCCUCCCCCCCCCGCCCCGCCCCUCCCCCCGGCUGGAUUCGGGCCGCCGCCGACCACCCCACGGCCGGAUCGGGAGGCCCCCGCCCUCCUCAAGCCUCACCACGCGUGGCCCUGGCCGCCGCCGGCGCCCGAGGAUUCUUCCCCCAAAACACCAGCAUUCCAAAAUAUGAUGGUGUACUUAGCAACAACAAACAAGGAGGCCAAUGUAAACUAUCUGGGUCCUGCUUCGUUGGAAGAAAUGGCCAAGUAGUGCCCUGUUCAACUUGAAAGCUUUAUUGUGCUUGAAAUGAAAGUGUGGUUAAUUCCAUGAAUCUGUGCUAUGUUCAGGCAAAUCUACCUUGUUGUAGGCCCAGCUGGACCAAACAAAGAGUGUCUGUUCAAACUCGAGGAUGCAUCAGUUUUAUGGCAGGGGUUGUGGAUGGACAUGUUCAGGACUUGUCGAAUGUUGUGCACGAGUAUUCAAGCACCAUGUUAUCUUAAUAAAAGAUCGCAUUCCCCCCUUCUCGUUCGGUGGUGAAAAAUUAUGAAGUUAGUUGAUUAUUGCGAAAAUAUCUUUAUUCUGUAAGAUUUGAACAGCUCGUGAGUUGUGCAUACAUUCAUGUCCAUCUGUAGAUGGCAAUAUAUAAAAUUCUCAUUGGAGA